AUGUCCCUAGUCCAAUACUCAGAUUCAGAAUCUGACUCAGACACCCAAACACCACCUUCCCCACCAGCCAAGCGAAUCCGCCCAAAUACCCAGCGCCAGCGCCGCAGUAAUCAAGGCUCAUCACUUCCCCCAUUACCAACAACCUUCUACGACCUCUACGCCACCAGCACUCGCGUCAGCGUCCAAGAUGACCCAAGCCUCCAUGGAGGGCGAAAACGGGUGAUCCCGCAUGUUGAAGGGAACUGGCCUACGCAUUUGUAUCUUGAGUGGUUCCCGAACAAGAGUGAGCUGGGGGUAUUAGAAAACCUCGUCCAAAAAUCCGAGAGUAAGCUAGGAGAUAAGCCCAGGGUCAUACAUAGCCUCCUGCGAAGUGACCUGGGUGCACAGCUCCCGCUACACAUAAGCUUAUCCAGGCCGGUUGUUCUGCGGACUGAACAGAGACAAUCUUUCAUCGAUGCAUGUCAGACUGCGGUUAGGGAUUCAAAUGUGUCACCGUUCGACAUCACGCCAGGGAGCCUGCAUUGGGUAUCCAACUACGAGAAAACGCGCUGGUUCCUUGUCUUACGUGCGCAGAAACCUGCGAACGAUGGAUUGAAUCGCCUACUCACGCUCUCCAAUCGCUCGCUUGCUUUAUUUGAUCAACCCCCUCUUUACGAAAAGACUGUCCAGACUGGUUCUGGUGGAGGACGGCGGAAGCAGACGAACGGCGCAGAUGAAGAUUAUUCGCAUUGUUUCCAUAUCUCUAUUGCGUGGAGUCUGAUUGAGCCUUCUCCGGACGACAACGAGCGAGUGGCGAGUAUUGAUUUACAGGAUUUGAACGGUCUCAGUGUUCGUUUUGAUUGUGUCAAGGCGAAGAUUGGGAAUAAUAUAUCUAGCAUACCGCUGCUGAGUGGGAUUGUUGAGCAGAAAGGAAUUGGGGGAUUGUGA